AUAAAAUGCUGUUCCCCAAACAAAUAUAAGCCAUGCAGAUAAUACAAACACACAUUUUUAUUUUUUAUGUUAUGGAGGGUAGUAGUUCUAAGGGCAAGGAAGAACGGGGCGAGACGACUCGAUACCGAGGCGUACGAAGACGGCCGUGGGGGAAGUUUGCGGCUGAGAUACGUGAUUCGAAUAGACACGGUGCUCGUGUUUGGCUGGGGACUUUUAACACCGCGGAGGAAGCAGCUCGAGCUUACGAUAGAGCAGCUUAUUCAAUGAGAGGUCACUUGGCUAUUCUUAAUUUCCCGCAUGAGUAUCUAAUGGGUAGCGGCGGAGCUACCGCUUCCCGUGGCUCGUCUUCCGCCGCUUCUUCUUCUUCAUCUUCGUCGUCGAUGGAUCAAAGAGGGAAACAAGUGUUUGAAAUAGAGUAUUUGGAUGAUAAGUUGCUUGAAGAGCUUCUUGAAAAUGAAGAGAAAAACAAGGAAAAAAAGUAAGUUGAUGGGGCAAGAGGAAGAAGAGUGUUGUUUGGCUUCUUGGUUUGACUUGUCAACUAUCUUGAAUUUUUGCUUCUCCACGGCUAAUUAAAGCACUCAUUUUCAGCAACGAUAAUAGCUUUACAUCAACUCCAUUAAUCAUGAAGCUCGUUUCUUUUUUUUCCCCUUUUUUCUUUUAAAAAAAAUUAUAUAUAUGCACACAUACUAAUGUAGACAAUACCUAUAACUUGAAA